UUCUAUUUUAGGAAGUUCAAGGUUUUGUACUAGCUUUGUCAAAUAAUUGAAUGUAACUUUUUAUAUCCCUCCCUGGACAGUAGCUAUAUGGGGUUCUCAGAAAGUGGAGCACACAUAAUCCAACAACCUUGGCAUUCAACUCAGUUAUCGUUUCAUGCAGCUGUAAUACGAGUUUUAACAAUCUUCUUACGAUGGCGCAUGUUUUACCAAUCUCAAUUGUAACGUGCGGCAAGUUCGCCAUUUGCGAUGAAUAAUUCAGUGCAUGCUUUCAUUUAGAUCAAAGGCCACGAGUUUGAUCAUCGGCAGGAGAAUUACAAGACGCAGCCUUACUGCACUCUUUUCAUGGCUUACCAUGUUCUUGUGAAAAGGUCUGGCCUUCCUUGUCCCGUCGUGCCGUCUUCUCCGUGUAAUCUUUGGUAUGACGCCACUGGGAGUUCCCCUACUGACCCAACCUUCCCUGCAGCUAACGGAGAAACAUUCCUCCUGGACAUUAAACCUGGCAAAAGUUCAAGCAGUCUCCAAGUCUCUGUAAAACUCGCAAACUUUUCUUGCGCUCUUAAGAUCGCACUGAAGUGCUUUAAUGGCCGUAUCCACUUUCUGUAGACCCCUCCAAGAGCUGAGAGACUAACCCGUGGUGGGAAAACCUUUCAGAAGGAUAUGGGCUACAAAUCGUGCGCAGUAUUAUGCCCCUUUUCCACUAAGACGGCGAUCGCGCUGCGCUCUGACUGCAACCUACAUAAGAUAUGUGUAAUCUUCAUUUUCAUACUGGGUAUAUCAUACAAAAUGUAAAAGUGUGACCGAGAGGACAACAAAGUGUAAACGCGUAAAGUGUAAAAAGAUUCUUUUUUUCCUAUACAAUUCGUUGAGCGAUCUGUCAAAUCUGAGGUCGCAGAGAGAGCGCGGAGAGAGCACCGUCCUAGUGGAAAUGGGGUAUUACCAUUCACUCUACUGGCAAUAUACCAGCUUUGUCUCCGAUACCACUAGAUCCCUGGCAAGACCUGUAGACCGCUAUUAAUGUGUCCUCAUGCUCUUAUCGUCGGGAUGCACAUCUUUUCAACGACACGGGUCAAGCAAAGCGCAACCUUUUACUUUCCUUCUCAUGAUGGAUAGCCUCUGAGGUUUUUUUUUUGUGUGUGUCUUAUGACCUGUAGAGCAAACUCAUUUUCAAGGGCAGCGGCCAAAUGCGACUUAUCAGGACGUUAACUCAAACUAAAUUUAAGCAGCAAAUUUAAAGUAGAAAUUUAAGAUUUAUAUUUCCUUUUAUGUCUUCUUGACUAAUGGCUUGUCCAGUGUCUGGAUUUGUUGGACAUAAGAAUAAUUUUUUUAAAGUCGAAAAGAUCUAUGUCUAUUGGCAAUAGCGCAAGAUUAGUGGAGUUAUGAUAGAAUAUAGAGCUGGUUAUAAUAGCCGUUCCUCAUCUUUUACAGGUGCUCGGAUGGAUAUGACCGAAACAGACAACAGUGGGUUGAUGCAGGGUGUGACCAGGAGGCAGUGACAAAGAAAUGCGAAGAGGAAAUUAUGCCGUCAGAAACAUUAACCCCGUCAAAGCCAAAAGAGCCACCACCUCCCCAACCACUACCCAAAGCCUUAGACGUCUCCUACACUGGUGGUAGGGACAGAUUAGAACCAGGACUAAGAAAUGGCCUCGAAGCAGGUAGAAGAGAUGACUUAGACUCAGACCCGCCUCUACAAGUAGUUAAACCCAAGUCUAGCCGCGUACAGAACAUCGAGAAAAUCAAGGACGAUAAAUCGAGCGACAAGAUGGCGGACGCUGGCGAGCCGAGUCAGGUGGUGCGCAGAUUCCGUUCUGCGCAGGCGCUAGAGACCGAGGUGAUCAUUGGGAUACUUGUUGCUGUGGUGAUAGUUGUCGUGGCGAUAGCGUGGAUCAUCCACGCCUACUCACGCAGAUCCACGCCGGAGCUGGUAGUGGUGGAGUGGCGCCCACCGGAACCACGCUAGAACCAGUUCCUCUGACGCCUUCAAUGUACAAUGUACAAAGACACAUUCUUCACGACACCAUCAGACGACAGCUUCACUAUUCCUGCAGUAUAUGUCACAGCACCUGCGGCGGAAUGGACGCCAUACGCACUUUUAUGGACACCGUCUAAUCCUUAAGAGUGUCACCCACACAGUUUGAGCGACCAAAGCAAUAUGUCAGAGAGAGCUUUAUUGAUGUCAGCGGCACAAUGAAGCUUAGAUGGUACCAUUAACACGAAGCUCCUAAUAAACCAGCUGGUCGUAAGUCGUUCCCUUCCGGCUUCUAGAACGUUACUUUUACACACAUGACGUUGCUUAAGUCCCUAUCAGACUCCCGAAGCCGCCGGCAAAAUAGCAGAAACCUGGCAAAACACACGAAUAUAUUCCUCCAGAGGAGUUUUCCGGCCUGGGGGCCUAGUUUGCCUAAUAGAUGUUUUACCGCGACCCGGGAGUCUGAUAGAUACUACCGUUGCUUUCGUGGUAUAUGAAAGUAUAAAAUGUACAUACGAACGAGACGCUACUGUUGUAGGGUCCUCUAGCUUGUACCAUCCGCAGUUUGGCUCUUAGGCCGAGGAACGGGUCACCAAUGUCUGCUUUGGGUCUGAAACGAAAGACAAAGUACUGGUCAAACUUUCUGUAUGUACAGUGUCGAUUGAUUAUGUUUUCUUCUUGGUAAUAAAGAAUA